GGCCCAUCGAGCAAUUCCUCGUCAAGCCGAUAUACGACCAUUGGAUCGCCGACUUACAUAUCAGUUCAACCUCCUGGAAACCCGGCCAGCUCAUCCCUCGGAUUAAGCUCUUCUGUGUUCGCGACUUCAAUCAAUUUGUCACCAUCAAUUCCCUUCACCACCUCAACAGUACUCUCAUCAGGCUUGACAACGAGAUCUGUUGUGGCGCCCAGUUUCACACCCUCGAGUCAGACAUCAUCGCUCUUAACAACACUUCCAAGGAGUUCAGGUACGAUCUCUUCAACAAGGACAUGGUCGACUUCCACGCCCGCUAUCUCGCGAAGUGCAACUCCAGGUAUAUCAUCUCCCACCAGAGCCCCCACCCAGGUUUCCAAUACUUCUCCAGGUCGCACGGAUUCGUCGCGGUUCAGCACCACGACAAUUACAUUCUCGACGGGCCUCAUGACCCAGGUGGUAGCAUACAGCGAGCAGUCUUUUACGUUCAUAUUCCCAACACCAACAGUAAUAACGACACGAUCUUAUUGGGCCGGGGCUUUCUCUGCUACUGUCAGGUCCAAAGCUGGUUCAUCAUCUAUGACCACAAGAAUGGUGCGGCGAUCGCUUCUCCCAGGGCGACCUCCCUCUCAGUCUGUUCAGGCUUUGUCAACUACAUCGACAACCGAUACGGCCAUCUCUACGAAUGUGGAAGCAACACCUACAAAUCGGAAUGUGACCAGGCCUGAACCCACACUCUGUGGCGAGUAUGGAAAUUUCACUCUAAAUUUCGAUGACACGACGGUAAGGAGAGGAGACAAUAACACCAUCGUCGCAACCGGUAUGAUCAAUCCUUAUCAUCACUUGUUUUACAGCAAUGGUCUCACCUAUAUUCCUGACAAAUGGGGAGCAUAUCGUGCUGUAUCUCAGCCAAAUAUAGCCAUGUUCCUUCCAUUGAAUGGAAAGCUGCUCCCAGAUAAUGCAGCCGCCGGCACAUUACUUGAGGGGGAGAUCGGUGCUGGUCCUCGUGCUUCUGUGAAUGCGUAUUGGUUCAAUGCACGGUCUGGCUAUUUUGGCUGUUCCCUGAGUGGUAUUUCGCCUUGUGCAUUACGGAUCUCUGGAUAUCGUUUCGACCCUAUUUUGCAGCGUGAAGUCAAAGUUGCAGAGCAGAAUGUGACGAUACCCGCCUGUUGGGGUUUCGUCGGAUGCCAACUUACGAGAGUCUUCUUCUCGGACAGGUUUCGAGGGCUGUCAGGAAUCCAGUUCAAGGCAUACACGUACAAUCUUGGUAUUCCGCAAGUGUACAUGUUGGAUGACUUGGCCAUGGAAUGGUACAAUAACUCUUGCGCGGCGGGCGUUAUGAGGCUUGGAAACCAUUUUGGACCGGGUGCUAAUCGAUUGCAAUUGUUGGACUUGGACCGAGACACGACAACGAGGGCCGUAGCAUAG